GAUGUGGGCUUGACUGAUCCAAGUGUUUCUAGGGCUUCAGCUCUUACCUGCGAUUAACCCUUAUAUAAAUUCCCGCCUCCGUUGAUGCCGUCGAGACGCUUUCAUUUGUAGCCGGCGAGGCGAAAGAGAGCAUCCUGAUGGGUCGCAGGCCUGCUCGCUGUUAUCGUCAGAUCAAGAACAAGCCCUAUCCAAAGUCACGAUAUUGUCGCGGUGUCCCUGAUCCCAAGAUCCGCAUCUAUGAUGUUGGCAUGAAGAAGAAAGGCGUCGACGAGUUCCCAUUCUGCGUCCAUCUUGUCAGCUGGGAGAAGGAGAAUGUGUCCAGCGAAGCCCUCGAGGCCGCCCGCAUUGCUUGUAACAAGUACAUGACCAAGGCUGCAGGGAAGGACGCCUUCCACCUCCGUGUUCGGGUUCAUCCAUUCCAUGUCCUCCGCAUCAACAAGAUGCUCUCAUGCGCUGGGGCUGAUAGGCUUCAAACUGGCAUGAGAGGUGCCUUUGGGAAACCACAAGGAACUUGCGCUCGAGUCGCGAUCGGGCAGGUUUUGUUGUCUGUGCGGUGCAAGGAUAGCAACAGUGCUCAUGCUCAAGAGGCUCUGAGGAGGGCCAAGUUCAAAUUCCCAGGAAGGCAGAAGAUUAUUGUGAGCAGAAAGUGGGGAUUCACCAAAUAUAACCGGACUGAUUACAUGAAGUGGAAGCAGGAGAAUAGGAUUUUGUCUGAUGGAGUUAAUGCGAAGCUUCUGGGAUGCCAUGGCCCUCUUGAUAACCGGAAGCCUGGAAGGGCGUUUCUCAGUGAGGCCCUGACAACCGAGGUUUAGGACUUUUAACGCUGCUUUAGUUGUUGCAACUCGCAUUGGUAUUCUUUGCUGUCUCAUUUGAACUUUCUUUUCUUCUAAAGUGUAUUUUUCCAAAUUUGGUUGCAAGUUGUUGAAGUCUUGCCUUGGACUUACUUCAGUCUUCUUUAUAAAUUUGUUAUUGUUGGAGGUUCCAUCAUCAAUAUAUUAUUGUUAUUGUUGGAUUGACUCCACAUGAAAUUAUCACAAGGAUUUUAGAUAUAAUGUGAUAUAUAUAUAUAUUUGUGUUACCUUAA